AUGUCUGCAUCAACUUCCCACCCCUACUACCCACUCGGGGCCAAAAUUGUUGGCUAUACGCCUAACCAAACCCCAUUGCUUGAGUUGCUUGUCUCUGCGGGUGGCGGGUGUGCAGUCCUGCUCGGAUUGACGUUCUCCGUGGUCAGCUAUGUGCGACCAACUCUGCGCAUGGCGGAUCGGAUCGCUAUCCUGUGGUUUGUGCUCUCUGGGACUCUCCAUUGUUUCUUCGAAGGCUACUUUAUGAUCAAUCAUAACCAAAUGGCCUCGGCCCAAGACCUAUUUGGGCAGCUAUGGAAAGAAUAUGCACUGUCGGACUCCCGAUACAUGACCUCAGACACCUUGGUGCUCUGCAUGGAAACCAUGACAGUUCUACUGUGGGGGCCUCUUUGCUUCUUGACGGCGUAUCUCACCUCUAAGAAACACUCGCUGCGUCACCCGAUUCAGUUAAUUGUAUGCAUGAGCCAUCUUUACGGUGAUACACUUUACUAUGCCACUAGUCUUUUCGAUGACUUUCAUGGAGUCCCAUAUUGUCGACCAGAACCAUACUAUUUCUGGCUAUACUACUUUAUGAUGAACUUAAUCUGGAUUAUCGUGCCACUUUGUGAGUUCACAGGUGAUCAAUGUAUUUUCCCAUAUGAAACGUGGCUAACCUAG